CACCUUUAUUGUGUUAGUGUUCCCACACCGCCAACAUCGCUUGUUUACUGAAGACAUUGGCGGCUAUCUUGCGAGCAACGAACAUCUGUGUAAGCGUAACAUGGGAGGAUGUCUAGCUUGUCAGCUUGUGGAUCUGUGAAAAACUGCGACAAAACAAAAUGAAUGUUGGUGUAGCCCACAGUGAGGUGAACCCCAACACUCGGGUCAUGAACAGUCGAGGGAUCUGGCUGACCUAUGCCCUCGGUGUUGGAAUGCUUCACAUUGUGCUCUUGAGCAUACCCUUCUUCGGUGUACCUGUGGUGUGGACUCUCACAAAUGUUAUACACAAUUUUGUCCCCCAUAACCCUGGCGCUGCAAGUGCCUUGCUCUACCAACUGAGCCACACGGGACCAUGGAAGGAUGAAUUCUCUUUUCUUGAAAGAAAAAGACACGGGAUGUAUGUCUUCAUGCAUGCAGUGAAAGGCACUCCGUUUGAGACCCCAGACCAAGGCAAAGCCCGGCUCCUGACACAUUGGGAACAGUUGGACUACGGCGUGCAGUUCACAUCAUCCAGAAAAUUCUUCACUAUCUCCCCAAUCAUUUUAUAUUUUCUUGCAAGCUUCUACACAAAGUACGACACAACACACUUUGUCAUAAACACUGCGUCCCUUUUGAGCGUGCUGAUCCCCAAAUUGCCACAACUACAUGGAGUCCGAAUCUUUGGCAUCAACAAGUAUUAAUCUGAGUGUUAAGAGGGUCAGUGGUGUGUGUGACCAACUCUCAAAGGAGCUCUUGCCUCAUAGCAAGAAGAAUAGUUAACCCUAUGUACUCUGUACCACUGGAGUGUGUACUAAGCAGUUUUGUACAGUACGUGCAAUUAUCACUCAUUGUUUAGAUACGUCAGGUUAAACUGUAGUGGGAGAAUGAGAGAGAAUGCCAUGUGCAUUACUAACUUAAGUAAAUAUUUAAUGUUGUAUUUUUUUGAUCUGCAUAGACCUGGGCUGGCCCAGGGUUCAAACGUGGGCCUUUUUUUUGUUCUGUUCUGUUUUUUUGUUAUUUGCCCUCACUUCACACAGUGGCACGGACUGCGUUCCUUGUCACAAUGUAUUUUUCUGUUCUUAACCGGAAACCUUAAAAAUACCAGAUGUAUUUUUAAAGAUGAUUUCUUCAUAAAAGUAGGGGCCUAUGGUUCAUUGUUUGACACACACUUAAGAUUGACACACUUCUAAAAAUGAUUACUGGAAGAAAAAAAAAUGGGGCCUUAGAACCGUUGCGUAAAUUUUACACUAAAUCUGCAUGCGCCAUUUCUGAAGUCUGUGCACGCACAAAUAUUGAGAUUUAUAAACUUGGCACGCGCCAAUCAUACGCAUGUUUCCCCUUAGAAAUCAGACCUGUCGUAAAACUGCGUGCGUGAACAAGCAUUAUAACUUCGCCUGAAAAACGCCCCAUCGUUCACCUUUUAUGGUGACAAUAGUGCCCUUACUUACUUUGGAAGUAUUGGAAUUAGGCCAAGACCAUAUCUGGAAAUGGCGAAUGUGAUCAAAUGUUUUUGGAGGUGAUGGCAGAAUGUUUUAUUUUGCAGUGACAGGCUACCGCAACUAUCUGACCGUUUCUGGAAGACAAAUAUUUGCUAAUUGUGGUGGACCUGUAAACAGAUUUGAAUUAAUUCAAUCAUGUUUGGCAUUUUACUUUUUCCCCUAAUCUAAAUAUGGUGCACUGCCCCCGAGUUCUGAAACCGACUCCUUGAAAUAGAAAUAAGCUAGUAGGCCUAAUUAGUGGUAGCUGACACACACUUCAAUGCAAAAUAUCAACCUGUCUGCUCACCUGUUUAAAUUCAGCUGUAUGUUAUAAACCACGCUCCCUUUUGGAUGAAUAGAGCAAAAAACUUGAAAUUAUACUUGCCUAUAUUAAUAGGCCCAAUUAAAUGAGAUGCGCGUUGGUAAUUUGUUGUAUGGCUACUUCAGGAAAAUGAACUCAUGGCCAGAAAAGGUGAGCAAUUUAAUUUGCAAUAGUUGUGUAUAAAUGCAAUGUUUGUCUCGGAAUUUGACAUUAGUGUUCAAACGUGUCUCACAAACGUCAACGGGAAGAGGUGAACCCUCUGCUCUUCCGUUAACCUGCACUUAAGAGCAGAUCACAGAGCAAAAUACUUAGAGUAGCUUAUCUAUUUACUACUGUGAAGUGGGUCCAAUUAAAUGAGAGAUGGGAUGAAUGGUAGCCUAUCCUAACUUGUAUGAAACCAUCAGUCAGAAAAGGUGAGGAAUUUAUUCUACAAUGGUCAUGUAAUUGAGGUAAAGAAUAAAUCUAUUUCUAUAAUUAUUUUUAGAUCAAAUAAAGGGAUUUUUGCUCUUCUCACUAAUGGUAAAUGAUUGCAUCUUAUUAUAUUUAGCUAGGACUACCUGUUUUUUUGUGUUUAAAAAACACAACCUUUUUUGUUAUGAGUGCCCACUACUAGGCUACUUCUGCCUUCUUACAAUGCAAUACUGAAACCACUAGAAACUGUGCGUACGCAUGGUCUAAAGCAGCAGUGGUGAACUAAUUGUGCCCCGGGGUCAGCAUUCGGUUUUCAACGAGUUCCAGAGGGCCACACUGAAAAAUGUUAUAUUGAUCCUUGCCAUCAAAAUUAGCACACAAAAAGUCCUAUAUUCAUUGUUUUUGGCAUUUUCAAUGCUCCCUGACUGUCUUGAGCUGGACAGUCAAACUAUAUAAAUAUAGGUUCAUUAUAAUUUAAAUUUUAAAGUAUAUUGAGUUGUUUUUACUGGGACCACCUUUGUGGGCUGUAUGUUUGACACCCCUGGUCUAAAGUUUGCGGGAGGAUAAGCACAUCAAGUUACAUUUUUAUUAAUGCCAACUUGUGUGAAUACUGGCACAUGCAUGUUUUGGGCAUAUUUUGUGUGUAUGUGACAUUUGAGGCCCCUGAACAAUAUGAAAUACUAAUUUAGCAUGAUUUCCUUUGUACAUUAAUAAUUUAUCCUUGUUACUCAAUCAUAUAGGGCAGGCAUUUUUGCAGUGUAUAUAGCUUGUCUGUAUAGGUUCAUGUCUUAUGUGAAGAUCAGAUGAUUUGUCAUAAGAUGUUAAGUGUUGUCAGAUAAUUGUUUACUGAGACAGGUCUAUGGUAUGGCUAUGUACCUACACAUGACUGCCAAAAUAAUAAAUGAGGGAUGUAAAGUAU